UAAGUCGCCAAAAAAAAAAUCCACUGAAGAAGUAAAAGCACGACGUGGUGGAAUCCUGACGUCACCGCUCCGUUAGCAUACAGUUGCUAACAGCGAGCAACUAGUAGGCUAACAGUUAGCCUUGUGCAUCUCCGGUCCUCAGCUUCAUUCGUACCCCACCAUGGCUGGAGGAGACUGGCGAGGCUUUGCGAUGGAAGAAGCUGAGCUCCUUUCCGGGCGCCUGAAGGACCUGCUGUCCUCCGGCCAAGCGUAUGUCCGCAGCCACCUGGGCUUGGACUUGGGUCUGGCGCCCGAGCUAUACCCGACCUGGCUCAUGUUGGCGACGGCAGGCAUGGGCGCGCUGCUCCUGCUCGCCGUCUCCUGGGCCGCCAUCUGCGGCGGCGGCGGCAGCAGGAGUAAACGGAGCAUCCGGAUGGUCACCCGCGGCGGCCCGCCCGUCGCCAAGACUCCGGUGACCAAGACGGUUAAACCGGAAGAGACGAAGAAAAGAAACGCCAAGAAAGCGGGGGAGAAGCAGAAGCUUCAGCCCAACGGAAAGCCUGCUGCUGCGUUGGUAGUGCAACAGGAAGUCAAAGUCCCGGAGGUGCUUUCCAAACUGCACCCGCCGUCCACCAAAACCCGGAAGGCGCCCGAAGCACAGCCGCCUGUGCAAUUGAAAAAAGACAAGAAGAAAAGCAAGAUCAGUGUUAAACCAGCACAAUAUGUGAUCACGCAUGAUGGGAAAGAACUCGACGAAGGCGCCUGGGAAACCAAGGUCAGUAACCGUGAGAAGAAGCAGCAGCGGCGGAAGGACAAAGGCGCCGACUCCUUCAGUGGCCAAGAAGGGACGCACGCUGCCCAGAGCCACGUGGAGUCCAACAGCAAUGUGAAGAAGAAAAACAAAAGGGCCAAUGAUUCUCAAAACUCAAAAUCAGCCGCCAAAGCCUCAUCCAGCCAAGGAGGCGACGGCGUCAACAGCGGAGGGUGGACCGACUUGUCUGCCAUGGUCCCGCCGGCUCACAUGGGUUCCACCGAGCCGAGCAAGUUCGGUUCUCACUACCGCGCCCGAGCCGAACCCCGGUCCUGGUCCCAGGAGUCACAAGGGGGCGCCCAGACAUGGGUGGCCAACAUAAAAUCGGACCAUGACCCGGUCUCUUUGUCCAUGCUGCGCCUGAACGCGACGCCAGACCCACUGUCCAAGUGGACAGUGGAUCUGCAUUGGACCACCCACGCUGACGAUGAAUGGGGCGGUACAAAGGGUGCGGACUCCGACUGGAAUGCCCCCGCGGAGCACUGGGGCAACUACGAGGAGCCCCCUGUGGUGACGAGGCUGCUGACUCAGCUGAAGCAGCGGACUUUGACCAAUAAGGUGUCAGAGGACAAUGACGAUCCAGCAGAGGGCGCCGCUAAGUCGAAGAAGAAGAGAAAAAAGAAGACGGCGAGCAAAGAGGAGGACAUACCUGAGGCUCAGGCGGUAAACUCGCUACCCAAACCUGAAGAUCUUCCGGUCGCUGCCUCCAAAAAGCCGAGCAUAUCAUCAACCCGGAAGCGACCCGAGAAAAACGCUGGCAACGACGGCGGCGGAAACGGCAAAAAAAGACAAGAAAAAGGCCAGAAGGGAAACGUAGUAGUCACCUGACGACCCGACCCCUUUUCCGACCUUUUUAUGCAAAUGAUUGUGGAAUUUGUCAAUAUGCAAUAAUGAGCAGCUUCUGUCUGGAAUUGUUUUUUUUUUAAUCCAAUUAUUGAUUAAUAAUGAGACGAAGAUGAUCACUUACUGGGCGACAUGAAGUUGAUGGAAUGUGGAGAGGAGGGAGUCCGACGCACUCGAGUCUAAUUUGCACUAUUUUUACUGCACACUGGACUUUUGCUGUGGUUUUUAUCAUUUGAGUAAUUUUAGGUUGCAUUUUUUUUUUUGCACUUAUUUGUUUACACUUUGAAUGACUUCCCUGCUGUCAUUGUAAAAAAAAAAAAUCUAACAGUGACUUGGGGACAUUAUUUGCCGUAAAAGUGAAGUCAAUUGAAUUUGCCUUGAGGGAUUAUUGUAUGUCAGUCCACAAGGGGGCGCUGUAACGUUAGGUGUGUUUCAAAACUAGAAUCUCGUUUUUAAAUCCAGAGAACUGUGAUGUUCGAAAUUAUGAUUUCAAGUUGAAAACAGAGGUUAUUGAGGAGCCAUUGCGGGUAGUUGGAAUGUGAAAAAGUAGAUGCAACAUUUUAAUUUAGUAUUUCAUAAGUAUGUGAAAAUCAAACAUGAAAUUUACUGUAAAAUUGAUAAAACAACAAUGUGAACCAAAUUAAGAGCCCCCAUGGAGUCCUGGAUUGUCAACAUUAGUUCUUGAAUACCAAUUAAAAUGAAGAGCUACCAGGGGUUAAUAAAUCGCGAAAUCACGAACUGUUUUUUUUUAAUUGAUGGAAAAUUAACAAGAUUUCAUCGAGCACUACCAUGUGUCAGUGCAGUGCAAUAAAAAAAAAGAUUUGUAUUUAAAAAUGACAAUUGAAUUUAAAACCACUAGGGGGCAGUGUCCUACCAAAUGAAGUCAAAAUGGAGCACUGUAAAGACACUUAUAAUGUACCGAACCAUCCAUCUGUUAUCCGAGCCGCUAUAUUGUAAUAUAAAUAAAUAUUGGCAUAUCACAUUUAUUAUCUCGCGUUUCAACUACAUUUGGAUUCCCGAAGGUUGACCCCGCCCCUUUGUGAAUGGUGAUAAUACCGAGCAGGAAAGCGAUUGCGAUGAACCUGAACUGGCCACCGAUGUAUAUGGUCAAAAGGACACUCGCUCGCACCUGUUUGCGGACUUUAUGAUGAUGAUGAUGAUGAUUUUAUUUUUACAUAAUGAUCUGGCUGUAAAGCGGAACAUGAAAAACAAGCAAACCGCAGGAAUUUGAUUCCGUUGCCUUAACCCGCCGUUAGUCGUGUAUUAAAGUGCACGGCGACCCGUGUUUGAGUUUUCACCGCGGUUUCCUUCCAAUUAAGUUUUGAUGUCAACCGAGUCUUGCACGACUUUGAGAAAUAAGAAU